AAAGACCCCGCGUGACCCUUCCUUGACGGUCAAGCUGAGUGGUUUGAAACUCGAGGCAUCCUGACCUUGUUGUGAUUAAACUCGCAGGGUUUAAGUUCAAGUAUCACCCUUCCGCCAACCACCGCUUCCAAAGGUUUUCUCAGCACGUGUGUAAGAGGGGGACCGAAUCACACCUGCAUCCGUCUGACUGCAUCCGUUCUACGACAUGGCUACGCCUAAUCUCCUUACCAUUCCAGCGGAGCUGCGAGAACUGAUCUACGGCUUUCUCUUCAGCUCGUACACGAUCGUUCAUGGCCACCGCGCUUCCAGCAAACCCAUCCCGGGCAAUACAUCUCCACCUCGUGCAGCCUUGCUACUUACAUGCCGCCAGAUUCAUGAAGAAGCCUGGCGUCAUCUCCCGCUGAACUGCACUCUCCACUUUCGCGGCACAGAAGACUUUCUUGAGACUUUGUUAUCUGUCGAUCAAAGCGUUGUCACUCGGCUACGUCGCAUUCGAGUUCGCGCGUUCCCAUUUCCACUCUAUGCAGACGACAGGCCAGAGUAUUAUCCCACGUAUUACUUUGCCAAUGCACUAUCCCUCCUACCAGGCCUCGCUCUUGAUGAGCUGGAAGUGUAUGACUGCUGGCACGGCUACGGACUAGGCGAUGGUUGGCGCGAUUUAACCACAUAUAUGGACAUUGAAGCCCUUCUCAAGAGCGAUGCAUGGAAGAGGCUUACAUAUAUCACGCCUUGUACAGAUUUCAUCGCGUCGGGCUACGAUCCCCGACACAAACGGCAGCAACAACCAGAGAACUGGGAUGGAAUGAUUAAGGAGCGCGAUGGAGACGCCUCGGGCGCAGGCGUACACAUGUGGAUCGUACCCACCAAGCAGGCCGAAAGCAGAGACGAAGACCGAACAGACGACGGCCGCAAAAUGCAGGAAUGGUCCGCUCGCCCGGGACAUGAGAUUGUACAGAAUUGGCGGCUUGCAACGCCAGAGCAGAAUCUCAAGGGAGAAGUCAGAAUCAUUGCAACGAGAGGUAACAGAGCGAGGGUUGUGCAAUUAGGCUUGCAGGAAAAGUCGGGUUGGCGAGGGUUGAAAGAACAGGAGCGUGGGUUCACCAGAGAAGGUUGGGCCCCCUAUCACCACGACAUGGCCGAUGCGAUGGGAUGGAUAUACGGGGGUUAUGGAAGGAGAAUGCAGCUUGCUCAUCAGGCGUUGAACGGAUGAGUGGUGGACGACAUCUGGCAUCCAUGAUUUGACGUGUUCUCGAUGUAUCCGAAGCCAGCAUGCGUGUUUCCGACAGUCUACCUGCAGGGUCUGAUGCCGAAGCUGAAGCUGCCCCUGGUGCCCCAGUCGUUCAUGAUGCGAUGCAGACAGGAUGUGAACACAAGGCUAAUGCAAUGCAUCGAGAAAUUGCUUCCAAU